GUUUGGCAGUGUCCAUCCCUGGACUGGAGAGGGCUCUUCAUCAGUACACCCUGGAGCCCUCCGAGAAACCUUUUGAUCUGAAAUCUGUUCCUUUGGCAACAGCUCCCAUCACUGAGCAAAGAGCAGAAACUACCCCCAUUGCUGUAGUCAAACAGCCAGAGAAGGUGGCAGCAACACGGCAAGAAAUAUUCCAAGAGCAACUGGGGGCAAUCCCGGAGUUUCGGGGGCUGGGCCCGCUCUUCAAGUCCUCCCCAGAGCCUGUGGCCCUCACGGAGCUGGAGACGGAGUACGUGGUUCGCUGCACCAAGCACACGUUUGUCAGCCACAUGGUGUUCCAG